AUGGUCGGUAAAACGAGACUGGAAUCCUUAAAAUUUGUCGAGGAUCAAAAGUUGGCUGGCGGUCGGGAGAUAGGGUGGUGGGGUUGUUUGCUCGAAGGUGCACGGCCUCCGCCAGAUGUCCCUCCUCGAAAUCCAACUAUGUCACGCUUAAACGGCCGCAUCACCGGCAACCCAGCUGAUUUAGGUGAUUUUGAACCUUCGUGUCUCGUGCGCACACCUUCUGGAAAUUUCUACGUGCCUUCAGGAGACAUUCAGAAGAAUCCGUCUAUGGAUUACAAAUCAAAUUCAUCUUGCAGUAGUCCAGGAAAACAAGAAAAGGGAACUUUGGAAAGAAUGGAUAGGAGCGACCGGCACCCCGCUUUCGGCGCUCCAGUGCCCGUUCUUCCUGUGAGAAAUAACCUUAGGGCAACUCAUUUUCCUCCAGCCGCUUCCCGUUUCCAUUUCAGAAAAGGUUUAUCGUCCAGAUGUUCUUGGAAAUGUACAGCUGUGGUGUUUAUAGUUCUAUUUGUUCUCUUACUAUCUAUUGCCUCUUAUAUGUCAGCAUCCUAUUUCACUGACAACUGGUCCUAUCAAAAUGCAAAGCCAUGUUCAGUAUUAGUUGGCGAAACUGCAGAUAAGUUUUCAUCAUCCAAAGCAACGACACUUGAGUCAACUAAUAAAUCAGUUACAAGACCACACCCAAGUUCUACGUCUUCUUCAGGUAAAAGAGAAUUACAAUCACGUCACCGUAGAAGUGUAGACGGGCAUGCUUCUUCACCUUCUAUCUCUUCCACGGAUUCUUCCUCUGUAGAUAUGCAUGAAUUAAUCACUUUACCCUCUUCGACCACUGUCAGCUUAAUGCAUGGUGUGUCAGAGGUAUCUAUAAAUCAGGAAGCGGAAGUUACUGAGGGUGCUUUCAAUGCUUAUGUAUCUAGCAGUGUCACUGAUAGUAGUAAUACUGAUAAUAUAACUUCUAGCAAUAUCACAAUUAAUAAAAUGGUGAGAUCUACGCAAAAUUAUAAAUCUACAUCCUUGAGCACAGUUCAAAAAAAUCUAUCAAACGCUCCCACUGUAAGCACUAAACCAAUUAACACGAAAAAUGAAGUCGGUGAACCCCUAGAAAUUGAAAGUAACACGAAAAAUAACAUAGCUUAUGACCCAAAAGACAUGCAAGGUGACGCAUUUCCUUCCAUUUUAUCAUACGGUUUACAGAAACUUCAGUAUACGAAAUUAUUAACAAGACUAAAUGAAGUUAGUGAAGAGUUACACAUUUUCUCCAAUGAGUAUUCUGAACCAGAAAGGAAUCUUAGAAAACUUCAUUAUGAUAACGGUCGAGACUCAUCCUCUGAAACAAUAAUGACAACAAAAUUUGAUUCUAACAAAUAUCAAACUUCAAAUUUGAUAUCAGAAGGAACUGCAAAACCAAUAAUAGAAACUGUUUUCACCACGCACAAUACCUUUUCUAAGAAUGAGCAUGUUGAUCCAAUAACUACUUUACCAAAGAGUGUGACUAACAAUCCCAAUAUUGUAAGUACUAAAACAGCAGCCACAACAGAAAAAGAGGCUACAACCAGUAAUGAACUCCCUUUUGUAACUGAAUCAAAAACUUCAGAAACUGUGUCUAAUGCUAAACACGUUCUGAUAAAUUUAACUAUUUCUGCAGAUGAUGCUAACAAUGAUUCAUAUAAACCUCUAUAUUCAUUGACAGUAACUGUGCCUACAGUUGGUGAUUCUAAUGAAAUACCGACAGUAAAAAUUACACCCUUGGACACUGAACCAACCAUACCUACAAAUUUCAACAAACCGAUAUCAAAUCAUAACACAACAAAAACGACAAAAACGAUUGAAACUGAAGAUUGGGGAGGAAGCUGUGAAUGUUCAUGUCCGGUUUGCGAUAGUAGUAAUUCUUCUGAUGACUUUUAUGAUGAUUAUGUAGAUAAAACAACACAUUUUAAAGAAAAUACAGAAGAUUUUUCAAGUACAUACCCUAUUGACAGCAGUACAACAACAGAAGAAAAUAUAAGGACUACUGAUGAUGCAUCGUCCGAAUUCACAACUCAAAGAGAAUUAAACGAUUUUUCUACGACAGAUUCUGUAACUGACUUUGAUUUAGCAUCAAAAGAUAUAAUUCCUGAUAUUUAUUUAUCAACAACUGAUUCAACAAUAGCGUCAUCGACUGAAUCUGAAUUAAUUUCAACAACCGAUUUUUCAAAAUGCGUAUGUCCAAAAAUAAAGCCCCCACCAAUCCUAAUACUGGAAGGUGCGCGAACAUUCCCAGCUCAGUCUUUCCCACCAGAUGGAACAACGUUCAAACAAAUAACUUUAGGUGAAAAGUUAUCCAAAGAAAUCCCUCCAUAUAGUUACUGGAAUAUGCAAUUCUAUCAAUCGGAAGCUGCUUACGUCAAAUUCGAUUAUAUGAUACCUAGAGGAGCAUCAAUAGGUGUAUAUGCCAGACGAAAUGCUUUACCAACACACACUCAAUAUCACUUUUUAGAAGUGCUAAGCGGAUUUAAGGCUCGAACGACUAGAGCUUCACAUCCAUCCGUUAAGAAAGAAAUAACGCACUAUAUGGAACAAGGUCACUGGUUCCUUUCGCUCUACAACGAUGAUGGCGAUCCUCAGGAGAUUUCAUUUAUUGCUAUGGUCGCUGACGAUAUGACACAAAACUGCCCAAAUGGAUGUUCCGGUAAAGGAGAGUGUCUCAUGGGACAUUGUCAAUGUCAACCCGGUUUCGGUGGUGAUGACUGCAGUGAAAGUGUUUGUCCGGUAUUGUGUAGUCAAAAGGGAGAGUAUAUCAAUGGAGAAUGUCAAUGCAAUCCCGGCUGGAAAGGUAAAGAAUGUUCAUUGAGGCAUGACGAAUGUGAAGUGCCUGAUUGCAAUGGCCACGGACACUGUGUAAAUGGAAAAUGUUCAUGCGUUAGAGGAUAUAAAGGAAAGUUCUGUGAAGACGUUGACUGUCCACACCCAACCUGUUCGGGACACGGAUUUUGUAUUGAUGGUAUUUGUGUCUGUAAAAAGGGUUGGAAGGGCUUAGACUGUGCUACAAUGGAUAAAGACGCUCUUCAGUGUCUGCCAGACUGUUCAGGGCAUGGAACAUUCGAUGUUGAUACUCAAACAUGUACCUGUCAUGCUCGUUGGUCGGGCGACGACUGUUCCAAAGAGGUGUGCGAUCUGGACUGUGGCCCACACGGUAGAUGUGUGGGUGAAGCUUGUGUGUGCGACCAAGGUUGGACAGGAGAGUAUUGUACAUCGAAACUAUGCGACACUCGAUGCAGCGACCACGGCCAGUGUAAAAACGGCACUUGUUUAUGUGUCUCCGGCUGGAAUGGAAGGCACUGCACUUUAGAAGGAUGUCCGAGAGGCUGUGCUGGUCACGGUCAGUGUCGUGUAGCUAACGAUGGACACUGGGAAUGCAAGUGUUUCGAUGGAUGGGAUGGACCAGACUGCACUACGCUCAAGGAACAAAUAUGCGACGACUCCAAGGACAAUGACAAAGAUGGUUUAAUCGACUGUGAAGAUCCCGAAUGCUGUCAAAGUCCUGCAUGCAAAGGAAGUCAACUCUGCGUUUCUUCUCCUAAACCUACGGACAUUUUACUAAGAAAACAACCCCCUGCUAUCACAGCAUCAUUCUUCGAAAGAAUGAAAUUCCUUAUUGACGAAGGUAGCCUUCAAAACUACGCUAAGCAGGAAACUUUCAACGAGAGUAUGUUUUGGAACCACUUCAACACGAGUCGAUCUGCGGUUAUUCGAGGUAGGGUAGUUACCUCUCUGGGUUCUGGUUUGGUUGGAGUGCGAGUGUCCACGGCCACACCUCUCGAAGGGUUCACAUUAACGAGAGAGGACGGUUGGUUCGACUUGCUUGUCAACGGAGGAGGGGCGGUCACUCUUCACUUUGGAAGAGCACCUUUCAAGCGUUCCACUCAAGUUAUUUUCGUGCCCUGGAAUGAGGUUGUGAUAAUCGACGAAGUGGUUAUGACGACGGCGGAUGAUAAAGGUAGCAUGGGUCCGCCUCAAGCUUGCCUUGCACACGACUACGAUGCAAUGAAACCAGUUGUACUUGCCACCUGGAAACAUGGUUUCCAAGGAGCCUGCCCAGAUAAGAGCGCUAUUUUAGCUGAAUCUCAGGUUGUUCAAGAAAGCCUUCAAAUACCAGGCACCGGUUUAAAUUUGGUCUAUCAUAGUUCAAGAGCGGCUGGUUACCUUUCUACUAUACAACUACAACUAACACCGGAAAAAGUUCCACCUACUUUGGCUUUGAUACAUUUGCGUAUAACAAUCGAAGGCAUUCUUUUCGAGAAAGUGUUUGAAGCCGAUCCAGUGAUCAAAUUCACAUACCCAUGGAAUAGGCUUAAUGUUUAUAGACAAAGAGUUUAUGGCGUAACAACGGCACUAGUUAAAGUGGGUUAUCAAUACACUGAUUGUAAGGAUAUCAUAUGGAAUGUACAAACCACAAAGUUAAGUGGUCAUGAUAUGAGCAUCUCUGAUGUUGGAGGAUGGAACUUAGACAUACAUCACAGAUAUAAUUUCCACGAAGGUAUUCUGCAAAAAGGUGACGGAACUAACAUAUACUUGAAACACAAACCUCGCCUCAUCAUAACAGCAAUGGGUGACGGAAGACAACGUGCUUUAGACUGUGGAAACGAAUGCGCGGGAGCAGCACGACGACAACGACUACUAGCACCUGUCGCAUUGGCCACCGCACCGGAUGGAAGCUUAUUCGUAGGGGACUUCAACUUAGUGCGCAAAAUCGGCACCGAUGGAAGCGUUCGGACCGUUGUUAAAUUGAAUGCAACCCGUGUUUCCUACCGCUAUCAUAUGGCCCUCUCCCCUCUUGAUGGAACGUUGUACAUAUCUGACCCAGAGUCACAUCAGAUUAUUAAAGUCCGCAACACAGAAGAUUUUAGUGAUCCUGAAAGAAACUGGGAAACUGUCGUUGGAUCUGGUGAAAGAUGUCUUCCUGGAGAUGAAGCUCACUGCGGUGAUGGAGCACUAGCAAGAGAUGCAAAAUUAGCAUAUCCCAAAGGUGUCGCUGUAUCCAUUGAUAAUGUACUGUACUUUGCCGACGGUACAAACAUUCGCAUGGUAGACAGAGAUGGUAUUAUAACUACCGUUAUUGGAAACCAUAUGCAUCGAGCACAUUGGAAACCGAUACCUUGUGAAGGAACAUUAAGCGUUGAAGAAGUUCACUUGAGAUGGCCUACUGAGCUAACUAUUAAUCCGCUCGAUAAUAGCUUGCAUAUUAUCGAUGACCAUAUGAUUUUACAAAUGGCUCCUGAUGGUAGGGUAAAAGUCAUAGCUGGUAGACCGCUUCACUGUCCUUCACCAUUAUCUGGAUAUGACAUGGAACUGGCAACAUACGCAACACUUGUCAUGCCUCAAAGCAUUGCUUUUGGUGCCGCUGGGGACUUGUAUGUUGCUGAAAGUGAUUCUCAAAGAAUUAACAGAGUAAGACUUAUCACGACAGAUGGAAAGAUUUCUUUAUAUGCCGGAGCUGAAUCAAAGUGCAAUUGCUUGGAGAGAGGGUGUGAUUGUUUUGAAGCAGAUCAUUUCUUGGCUUCCAAUUCUAAGUUUAAUACUAUUUCAGCUGUCACAGUUAGUCCUGAUGGCAUAGUUCAUAUAGCGGAUCAAGCUAAUUACAGAAUAAGAUCUGUUAUGGCUAGUAUUCCUGAUGCAAGUGGAGCUAGAGAAUAUGAAAUUUAUUCCCCAGAUACACAAGAAACAUAUAUAUUCAAUAGGUUUGGUCAACACGUCAUGACAAAAAAUAUUUUGACGGGAGAAAACAAUUAUAUUUUUACCUAUACUGUUAACACAAGCAAUGGUAAAUUAAGCACAGUGACUGAUGCAGCCGGUAAUAAAGUAUUUCUUCUACGUGAUUACUCUAGUCUCGUAAAUUCAAUAGAAAAUACAAAGGGUCAAAAGUGUAGACUUAAGAUGUCACGCAUGAAAAUGCUUCAAGAACUCCGAACCCCUGACAACUUUAAUGUUACUUUUGAUUAUCACGGAACCUCUGGUUUACUAAAAGCAAAAUAUGACAGCACUGGUAGGAGUUAUAUUUAUAAGUAUGAUGAGUUUGGUAGACUUACAUCAGCAGUCACUCCUACGGGCAGAAUUAUUAACUUAACAUUUGAUCUUAGUCUCAAAGGAGCCACUGUGCUUGUCAGUGAAAAUAACAGAAAACCAAUAUCGAUAUUGAUUAAAGGAUCGUCAGUUAACACAAGAGUCGGCGAAGCUGAAAAGAAAACAAUUAUAUCAUCCGAUAAUAGUAUAUCAUCUAGUAUGCCUUGGGGACAUAUUAUAUCUACAGAUACGGUACCCUACACAAUUCUCUCGGAAAUUGAUCCUAUUUUAGGAGAAAGUUAUCCAGUACCAGCUAAACAAAGGACGGAAGUUGGCGGCGACUUAGCUAAUAGAUUUGAAUGGCGUUAUUUCUUAAGAAGGCUUCAAUCGAACAAAGGCAAGAGCAGUAAGGCAGUCGCGCAAAUAGGUCGAAAAUUACGAGUGAAUGGUGAAAACCUACUUACGCUGGAAUACGAUAGAGAUACGUCUACGGUUGCAGUAUUUAUGGAUGAUAAAGUUGAACUCUUAAAUGUCACGUAUGAUAGAAUGGCUAGGCCAGUAAAAUGGGGACCGAGAAGUGGAAUAUUUGCUGAAGUUGAACUAGAUUAUGAUAGAUUUAAUAGAUUAACAAGUUGGAAAUGGGGUGACCUUAAUGAAACCUAUGGAUACGACCGGGCUGGCAGGUUGCACGAAAUCAGAUAUGGAGAUGGAUCAUCUUUGGCUUAUUCCUUUAGAGAUAUGUUUACUAACUUACCGCUCAAGGUAACUACACCUAGAGGCAGUGAUUAUCUCCUCGAUUAUGAUGAUUCUGGAGCUCUUCAAAAUCUUACAACACCAAGGGGCCAUAUUCAUACAUUUGCCCUCAUGACUUCAUUGGGCUACUUUAAAUAUCAAUACUUUUCACCAAUGAAUCGACACCCAUACGAAAUUUUAUACAAUGAUGAUGGGCAUAUUCUAGCAAAAAUAUUUCCUCAUCAAUCAGGAAAAAUUCUCUAUGUAUAUGAUAGCACAGGAAAACUAGAAACUGUAUUGGCUGGAGCAUCAGCAAUACGAUACGUGUAUCAUGAAAACAGCCACCUUGUCAAAAAUGUUGAAAUAAGUGAUCCUGAUUAUGAGUUAAGACAAGAUUAUAAAUAUCACGCAGGAAUAUUAAAAGAUGAGAAAAUGAAGUUUAACUCUAAAACUGGACUAAAUAAUGCUCACUUUAAAUAUCAGUACGAUGGCAACGCUCGACUAUCUACCAUAGAUAUGAAUAUCAACAGCAAAGAAAUGCCACAAUUGAGAUUGAAAUAUAAUCAAAAUUUGGGAUCCCUGGAAGGUGUAAGCGAUUUAAGAAUAUACAGUAAUACAUUUAAUCGUUCUGUUAUGCAGGAUACAAGCAAACAAUUCUUUACUAUUACUGAUUAUGAUGAUCAUGGCAGAAUCAAAACUGUAUUAAUAAAUAUUAAAUCGUUCGACGUCUUCCGUCUUGAACUGGAAUAUGACAUAAGAAAUCGAAUUAAGUCGAAAAAGAUGAUGAUAGGCGAUACAUCUUCAAGCGAACGCAUAAGUUACAAUUACGAUGGUCAUUUAAUGGAAGUAGUUGGCUCCAUAGACGACUGGAAAUAUGUGUAUGAUGAGAAUGGUAACAUCAUUAGUAUUAUCGAACAUGGUGAGAAACGCUAUCUAGGCUAUGAUAUUGGUGAUCGUGUUGUUCAGUACGGUGAUAUUGAAUUCAGUAGUUACGAUGGCCGCGGAUUCGUAAUAAGACGUGGGGAGCAAAAAUACAGGUAUAACUCUCGAGGACAAUUCGUCCAUGCGUUUGAAAGGGAUAAAUUUCAAAUGUGGUAUUUCUAUGAUGAUAGGAAUAGACUUGUCGCUUGGAAAGAUGACAAGGACAACAUUACACAAUUCUUCUACACGAACCCUCAAGCUCCUAACCUUAUAACUCAUAUGCAUUACCCAAAAUCUGAGAAAACUGUACGAUUUUUGUAUGAUCAAAGAAACUUUUUAACAUGCAUUGAAACCGAGGAUCAACGUUUCUAUGUAGCAACUGAUCAUAAUGGUUCCCCUCUUGUGGUAUUUGAUGUUAACGGAGAAAUUAUAAAAGAAAUAAAACGUAGUCCCUUCGGUAAAAUAGUAAAAGACACAAAUCCAGGAUUCUAUCUACCCGUUGACUUCCAAUCUGGAAUAUUUGAUUAUAACACUAAUUUGGUAUAUUUAGAAAAUCGCUUAUAUGACCCCGUUGUUGGUCAAUGGAUGACACCAAAUUGGGAACAUCUUGCAACAAAGUUAAGCCUGCCUACCGAUAUAUUUAUCUACAGAUUUAGAAAUAAUGACCCCAUUAAUAGAAACCAAAACGUUCCUUAUAUGACGAACUUGGCAAGCUGGCUACAGCUUUAUGGAUACGAUUUGAAUAAGAUGAUGGGAGCCAAGUAUAUCACUGAUAUGAUCUUCCAACCUAAGACAUCAGUUACUGCGCCACAAUUAGUGCCUGAUUUUGGUGUUAUGUCUGGAUUACAAUGCAUUAUAGAAAAGGUUAACGACAAAUUGUCGGAUAUUGAGUUUGUCCCAACACCUCUUCUAAAGAUGGAACCCAUGACAAGAAACUUGUUACCAAGAGUAUCUUACAAGCGAGGUGUAUUUGGCGAAGGUGUAUUAAUAUCACGAGUGGACGGAAAAGCCUUUAUCAGUGUUGCCGAUGGCGCUAAUAGCGUUGUAGAAGAUGUUAUAACCACUGUAUUUAACAACUCGUUUUUCCUAGACGUUCACUUCAGUAUUCACGAUCAGGACGUAUUCUACUUUGUUAAAGACAAUUCACUUAAAAUCAGAGAUGACAUGGAGGAACUGAGACGAUUGUCUGGCAAAUUCAACGUAUCUCAAGAUGAGACCAAUGACCAAGGAUUAGAGGUUCGCGUACAUGCAGUCGGAAAGGGUUCUGCACAAGCAGUGAUUGUUUUGCGCUACGGAGUUGAUCCUUCACAGGAACGAAUCAAAUUGUUAAAACACGCUCACAAGAGAGCUGCGGCUAGAGCAUGGGAGAGAGAGAAGGCGCUUGUUGCCGCCGGAUGGGAAGGAAGGGGUUCUUGGACCGAAGAAGAGAAAGAAGAACUUAUAUCUCACGGUAUAGUUGAUGGCUGGGCUGCCAAAGAUGUGCACUCUGUGUCCAGGUACCCUCAGUUAGCUGAUGACCCGGCAAAUAUUGUUUUUGUCCGUGAUGGAAGAAGAAAACGAAGAAAGAGUGGCCGCGCCCGUCAUCGUUCUUGA